GUGGGGGGCGGUCCGGACCGCGGCUUCACCGGGCACAGCCUUCAAAUAGCGCCCUUGGGCUCCGUGCUGCGCAGCGCCCCGCGUCCCUGAGCUGAGCCAUGGGUGGCAAGAAGGUGUGCAUCGUGGGCUCCGGCAAUUGGGGCUCGGCCAUCGCCAAGAUCGUGGGCAGCAAUGCUGCACGGCUGGGCACCUUCGAGAAGACGGUGAGCAUGUGGGUGCUGGAGGAGGAGGUGGGCGGCCGGAAGCUCACCGAGAUCAUCAACACGGAGCAUGAGAACGUCAAGUACCUGCCGGGGCACAAACUGCCCCCCAACGUGGUGGCAGAACCCGACCUGGUGAAAGCCUGCUCCGGGGCUGACAUCCUCCUGUUCGUGGUGCCCCAUCAGUUCAUCGGCAAAGUCUGCGACCAGAUCAAGGCCCAUGUGAAGAAAGGUGCUAUCGGGAUGUCGCUCAUCAAGGGGGUGGAUGAAGGACCAGAUGGGCUGAGGUUGAUCUCAGACAUCAUCCAUGAGAAACUGGGAAUUGAGAUGAGCGUCCUCAUGGGAGCCAACAUUGCCAAUGAAGUGGCAGAAGAGAAGUUCUGUGAAACAACCAUCGGCUGUAAGAACGCACAGUAUGGGCAGAUCCUGAAGGAGCUGAUGCAGACACCGAACUUUCGGGUCACGGUGGUGCAGGAAGCUGACACUGUAGAGAUCUGUGGUGCUCUGAAGAAUGUUGUAGCUGUAGGGGCUGGUUUCUGUGAUGGUCUUGGCUUUGGAGACAAUACAAAGGCUGCUGUUAUCCGUCUGGGGCUGAUGGAGAUGAUUAGCUUCGCCAAAGUCUUCUGCAAGGGUCCUGUCACCCCUACAACCUUCCUGGAGAGCUGUGGGGUCGCUGAUCUCAUCACCACCUGCUAUGGUGGUCGCAACCGUAAAGUGGCCGAGGCUUUUGCCAAGACUGGGAAGUCUAUUGAGCAGCUGGAGAAGGAGAUGUUGAAUGGGCAGAAGCUGCAGGGUCCCCAGACGUCUGCUGAGCUGAAUCGCAUCCUUAAAACCAAGAACAUGGUGGAUAAGUUCCCCCUCUUCACAGCUGUCUAUCAGAUCUGCUAUGAGGGCAAACCUGUUUCUGAUGUCAUCAAGUGUCUCCAGAACCACCCUGAGCAUUUAUAAAUGGGCUCUGCCUGCAAAACUAUAGAUCCUGCUGAGAAGAGGGGUGAGCUCCCACCUACACCACCUUGCUGCUGCUACAGCUUUGUGAGGAGUGCAGACUUCUGGGAGCCUUUGCAGAGCAAUGCAAGGGCAGAGGUUCCCCUUCUCAGCCAUGGAGACUGCCAGUCUGAGCCUGGUAUCUGCACAGAGGUACCUGCUGAUUUCCCUCUUUCUCUGAAGGGCUCAUUUAGCUUCUGCUGCUGCUUGGGUCCUGCCCUGAGCAGGGCUGAGCAUCUUCCUCCUUUCCCUUUCUUUUGCUUUGGUGGAUUCAGUUCUCAGAGAGACUCUGCUAGGUUGUCGUCAUUGAUCCAGGUUAUGCAGGAGGCACUGCCUGGCAGGUCAAGCUUUGCUAUUAGCCCCAUGAGGCUUCUUGGCAUGACACCAGCUCUUCCCUGCUUGUUGCUGUUGCUUUUGUCUUUAACUGCCUCGCAGAGAGGCCACAGUUCCCUGCCAGGCUCCACCAGAGGCUGAAGUUCCCGAGGACUUUCAAAGGAGCCGACCAUCACUCUUUUAAGAAGCACCAGCACAGAAAGAAGCUCCCUGCCCCUUGCCAUGUGCAGCUUCCUCAGCCACCACCAGCUGCUUCUGCUGCACAGCACAGCCAGCACUUUGCCUGUGUGAGGGCAGCUCCAGAGGGAGCCCUCGGAGCUCACUGAUUUCACUUUUUGUUCUCACAGCCGACCCUGGCCUCUGACCCCUUUUGUCACUGAUCUGCCCGUGCUAAUUCUGUGCCUGCUGGCUGUCCCUGGCCAGCUCUCCUCCCUCGUAUCGGUUUGUUCUUUGGCUGGCUUUGGCAAUGCAGGGACCAACUGCCCCAAAGUCUUUCUGAGCAGCUGGCAGGCUGCAUAGCCCUUGGCAGUGUACCUGAUAAAGCAGUUGGGCUGUUGCUCUUAGAGGAAUGAUCCACAGCAGCUUUUUGCCUUCUCUCUGGCUUGUUCCACUUUGCACCUUAGGCUGGCCUUUGCUUCUCUGUGUGGGUUUACAAGAGCUGAGAAAGCAGGUUCCACGCUUCCCCUGCUCCCAUGAGACUGCCCACCAGCAGCACAAGGGGCAGCGAAGGACGUGAUCCACAACAGGUACAGAGGGCCCUCCAGCAGCGCAGCAGGGGACAGAGGUCUCAUGCUUUGUGCUGUGCCUUUGAAACUUGCCCCUUGUCCAGCUGGCUGCCACGUGCCCCUCAGACACUCUGGCUUGCUGCUGCUGUUGCUCAGGGCACUGCAUCCAGUGGCUCGCUGUUCCCAUCUGGGGCAGGCUGGGUCUGCUGCAGGUCUUGCUGAAUGCCCUCAGGUCAGGUCCCAGUGCUGCAGGCUCUUUGACUGGCAGUGUACUUCAUGAAUGUGUAAAAAUCAUAAUAAAUUUGGAAAGGGAGGAGGAGGCUGUUCA